CUCCACUUUGCCCUUUGCCGAACGCACCUGCCUCGCGGGCCGCUCCCAGAAUCAAGCCGCUGCCGCGCAAGAGGCGCGGCGCGGCCACGUGCCCGUCGGGCCGACUUAGUCGCUUCCGGCUGGGCAUGUCGAAACAGGACGUCUCGGUCGUCUCGCUGCAAGAAUUUCAGAGAGCCACCUCUGAGAUCUCGCAUUUGGAUCGAAACCAUGUGAAUGCACCCAGCGAUGAAAAGCCGGCCGGCCUUGCUGCAGCGCCCAGCUUCAUUGAUCAGCAGGAGAUUGGUGUCAUCAACCAGUCCCAGGCGUCCUCGCGGUUUCCCCAAGAAUGGUCCUGCAUGCGACGCUUCUGCGCGCGCAUCGCUACCAACGUCUACUUCGACAUCACGAUAGGCGUGCUGGUCUUAGCGAACAUUGGCUUGAUCGUCCACCAGAGCAACCUCACUGGCUGGCAAGUCGAGGUGCCUGAGGAGAUUGGUGUUCUGAACCAAGUGUUUCUUUGGGUUUACACCUUGGAAGCCAUCCUCAGACUCUUCGCCUUCCGAUGCGCCUAUUUCUUGUCCAAGUGGAAUAUACUGGACUUUGUGGUCUUGUCCAUCGAUUGGGUGCUCGUGCUGGUGGCACUGGCACUAGCUGGCACGAACUUCAACUCGGACAUCUUCAGAGUCUUGCGGGUGAUCCGCGCUUUGCGGGUGCUCCGGUCCAUCCGGACGCUGCCACUCUUCCGGGAGCUUUAUAUCAUGCUUUAUGGAUUCAUUUCUUCGGCGAAGGCGAUCGCUUGGGCAGCAGUCUUGCUGCUCUUGAUCCUCAUGAUCAUGGGGAUCAUCGCCGUGGAAUUCAUCCAUCCACUGAGCCAAGAGGUGUAUGCAGAAGGGCUCUUCCCAGAGGAAUGCCUACGCUGCGAUCGUGCGUUCGAGUCAGUGUGGGCCUCCUGCUUGACCUUCUUGCAGCAGAUCGUGGCCGGCGAUUCCUGGGGCCAGGCGACGAUACCCAUCAUCGAGAAGUAUCCGUACACUGCUCCCUACUUUAUCUUAGUCUUUGUCACCAUCGAUUUGGGCCUGCUGAACUUGAUCUUGUCGGUGAUUGUGGAUAAAGCACACCAAGCCCAGCAAGAGGACAUCAAGUUCCAGCUCACUCAGCGCCAAGCGCAGUUCGAAGGUGCUAAGAAAAAUCUUCUCUCACUUUGUGAAGCCUUGGAUGAAGACAGGAGUGGCUUCAUUUCCCUCGAUGAGUUGCUGAGUGGCUAUGAUCGCCUGCCGGAGUUUCAGGAACAAAUGCGCCUGAUGGAUGUGGAACGGGAAGAUAUGCAGUCCUUGUUUCGGGUUCUGGACGAAGACGGUUCUGGAGACAUUGCAUACCAGGAGUUUGUGGAGCAAGUGGUGAAGAUGAGAUCGCAAGACACUACGCUGAGCUUGCUUUUCCUCCGAAGUCAGAUGAAAGAUCUCAAACACUGUUUGCUUGAUGUGAUGGAGAACCUGGGCGGCUUGCGUAAGGACUACACCACCGCCUCGAUGUCCUUGGCGGGCUUUGGGGACGCGGCUGCUGCGCCAGAGGAGGGGCCUCCCGGGAGCCGUCGCAAGCGCGAGCAAAAGUCCAUCGGCACGCAGACCGACGGCGCCAUGCUCGUGCGCGAGGAGGCUCCCGUGGAGGAUACGGAUGGCACCCACAGUUGGACGGCUCAGGUUCAAAGCCUCAAGACGGCUAUCCUCCAGCUGGAACGCAUGGCUCCCCCAGAGAGGCCUGAGCCCUCGCUUCAGGAUCCCUCGCAGCGGAGUCCCUCGCAGCGGCUGCCGAUGGAUCUGGCAGCACGCGCGCGGCCCGCGGACGAACCAAGCCCUUUCGGUUUCAGCCAGCGUUGUUGUGAGCCUCGGGCUCCGUCCGCGCCGCCGGAGCGCGUGAGACACAGCCGGGUUUGAGGCGUGGCCCACAG